AUGCGAUGUUUCCAGAUGAAGAGCCUGCUCCUCGUAGUAAUGUUGGCAGCGGCAGCCUCAGCCGCCAUCGUCAGCCAGGACAUUGCUGAAGCUCCUGAUGCGAUCGUUGAGUAUGAGGAAAUUCUAUAUAUCGACGAAGCUGAAGUGGCUGCAGUAGAGGCACUUAGCGGAGGCGUUGAAAUUGAAACCCGUCGUAACCUCAGCGUGGGAACCAUCGGCAACAGCAGACUACUUACUACUAGAUAUCAGGCUAGAGGCGCAGUCCCAAAUACAGUCAUCGUCCAGAACAUUGUUUUUAACUUCCCCGCCAGUAUCCGCAUAGCCGCGAUCCGAGUAACGCGAAUGGGAGCCUCACAGAACACCACCCCGUCCAUUGUUUAUGGAGGCCUGAACCGCAACUUUGUGACAAUCAGACUGCAGUCAGCUAGAGGCCGCGGCUACAACUAUAGGAUCCAGAUCUACGGACGCUAAACUACUGCACGUGCUACCUUCGCUAUAUGUUUUCAUUGGAAAGAUACUCGUAGAGAUUAUUUUUAGGUUAAUGUGUGUAAACAUUGUAAUUGUUUAAUAAAAUAUAAUUUUGAAAUUCAUAAA